AGGUGUUCAUUGAUUAUAAAUGUGUUAUUUCUCAGUGUUUUAUGCAAGAAGGGGUGUUAUUACAUGUCGAAACACCAUUUUCAUUUGAAAAAACAAAUUUGAAUGAUGUUUUUUAAAGCUCGAUAAAUGAGUCGAGGCUAAUCGAAAGACAAACACGGCGGACCUGAAUGGGAUUGAGUGGACCUGAAUGGGAUUUUAGCAGUAUUAUAGCAAAAUCAACAAGUCCUUUAUGAUGUCAUAUUUAUAGUACACCUGUACACGUGUACUACAACUGCAGCCAUUUCGAUAUGAAGAUAAAGUAGAAUUGACUCUCCAUGUUGGCGUAGUAAAGUUAUAACCCUAUAACGACCAUGGGUGUGAAGACUCUGUGGCCAGUGUUAGAGGAGGCUGUGGACAGUACAGACAGGAAUGUCCCCAUACAAUCACUGCAGGGGAAACGAGUGGCAGUAGAUCUGAGUAGCUGGAUUAUGGAGUUUCAGGGCGUGAAGGUCAAGGGUGCUAGUGUUCCCUCCAAUUUGUACAUUAGAUCUUUGUAUUACCGUACCGUCGAACUGCUUGGAUAUGGUGUGAAAUUGAUCUUUGUUGCUGACGGAACUGCACCCAGAAUGAAGGUUGCGACAAUGCAGAGACGCCAGAAAGCCCAGCAUGGUGGGGCAGCUGGUACAUCAGAAGACACUAGCAGACAGCGCCUCAGGAUGAUGUCAGAAAAGUGCAGGGAGCUGCUGACCUACCUAGGCCUACCAUUUCUAUACAGUGAUGGUGAAGGGGAGGCUUUGUGUGCUUCUCUUAAUGCUCAAGGGCUGGUCGAUGGUGUGAUGACGAGUGACGUGGAUGCUUUCCUGUAUGGAGCUACAACAGUAUAUAGGAACUAUUGCUCACAGUCGGGGGUUGUUGAUGUGUACACAAUGGAGAAGAUUCAGGAGAAGCUGGGGUUAGAUCGGAGAGCCAUGGUGAUGAUUGCAUUGCUGGUGGGAUGUGACUUUUGUGAGGAAGGUUUGGAAGGUGUUGGGAUCAAGAAAGCUCUGACAUUGAUUGAUGACAUAAAAAAGCUGGGACAAGAUCCUCUUGACAGACUGCGUGGAUGGAGAAGUAAUGAAGAUCUUGACUCAGAAAAACAUUGCAAACGUAGAGGUGAAAACACCAGUAACAAGUUGGCCUCCCCUACCAAGCUAUGUCUGUGUUCCUGGCACAAGGAGUACAAGUUAGAGUUGAAGAUCAGGGAAAAGGCACUGGCAAAUGAAUCCUUUCCAAAUAAAGAAAUAAUUAAGGAAUAUUUAGAAGGCCAUCGACAUUUGGAAUCAUCCCCUCUAACCUUCAACCCAAUUGAUAUAUGCGGGGUAAAGACAUUCAUGACCAGAUUUUUCCGUUCUGUUAAUUCAAAAUUGGGGGAGUUUUACUCCAAUUUUGCCUUCGUCCUAGUCCAACUACAACUUCACAACAUGACGGAAUUCCUCACCGAAUCUUCAACUCUUACUCCUCUAAGAAUAACAAAUUGUCGCAAGAGACAGACAGUUCCCCACUUGGAAGUUCGAAUGGUCUAAACUAGCUGAAGACAGAGAAACAAGUCAGAAUUUCUACAUAGUUACAUCCGAAACCACUUGUUUCCGAAAAAAAUUUCCAGAUAUGGCAGCUGCGUUUUUACGAGAGGUAGAAAAGAAAGAAGAUGUUAAGAAAUCAGGCAUAAAGAGGAAGGCAGGAAAUCAGGAUGGCUGUCAACUACUUACAAACUUUUUCCAGUCUAAAAAAAAUUGUAAGUGAUUGAGUUCAGAAAACACCGGAACUGACUUGGCAGCUCGCCCACAGAUGGGUACAAGUAGGCCGCUAGCUCACGAAGCACACCAACUGUCAUAUACUCUUGAGAAAGGGAGAUGCUACAAAAUUGGAAAUUAAAAGUGUACAGUGGAUUAGUUAUACACUGAAAAAUUUUAAAGAAUACUUCUCCACUUAUAUGUAAGGAGAUCUGGUGAUUUGAUGAUGAUAUGAUGAAUUUAUUUUGUAAGGGCUGUCAUGGUAACCCCAAUGUCAGUAUGCAUAAUGAAUUGGAUGAAGUGAUUGGAAAAGCUUUUAUAUUAAUUCAACUUAAUUUAACUCAAUUUUUUAAUUGUACUUAUGGUUAUUUUGAUCUAGAGCACACAAUAUUGAUAGCUUCUAUACUUGUAAUUGUGCAUUUUGAUUGUACAAUCUAUGUCCCAGAGUAUUUCAUGUUGUCUAGUGGCUGCCCAUGUGUUCAAUCAAAUUGAUCAUUUGACAUUUUCAACAAAUCUUGCUUCAUCAACGUGACAUGUUGUUGUAAUUUCCUAAGUAAGAGCCUGGUUAUUUUCAAUAGUUUUACAAUUUUUCAUACAUCAUGAUAUUUUUCAUAAUUUUUAGGUCACCUGAGACGAAGUCUCAAGUGACCUAUUCUAAUCGCCUUUUGUCCGUCGUCGUCGUCCGUCGUCCGU